AUGCCGAGAGUCGGUAAUUGUUCGUCAUGUGGUGAACACCAGUCGGACUUGGAUGCCCAUCGCAGGGUAGUGCACCAGCCCAAGUGCAAGGUCACUAUCCCUGGAUCAUCUGCCGUCAAGGUUGUCUACAAAGACAAAGAUACCGGUCAGUUUCAAUGUCCGGGAUGCGAUUACUCCUUCCCAAGCCCUCCGCCUUUGCAGAUGCAUGUGAGAACUUCUUGCAAAGGCUUCUCGGGGCGCAUGACUAUGACUGCUGGUGCAGCUCGUGUUGGUAGUGCUCCAUAUGGCCUUCGCCGCAGGGGCCGUCUGCCAGAAAGUGGGAAAUCCAUACGUGGGCGCCCUCCUGGACGGAAUAAAACUCGGGUCUUCCAUCCCCCAGUGGUCUCCGUGGAUUGUGAGGAAGACCCCAAUGCCGAUUUAGCCAAGGACGAGAUACAGGAGGCAUCUAGCAAUAUUGGACUAAGUGAUGAUCACGAACUUGAUCCCGACUACCUUUUUCCUCGACGUGGCCGGGCGCGUGCAGAUGCAACAUUUCUCGUACCCCGGUCGUCACACAGAUGCUCUAACGAUGCAGCUAGGCACCAUGAUCAAUUGCCUAUCUCAUCUCUGAGCCGUGUCGAGAAAGGACAAGGUACUCUUAGGAAUCGCUCAGUCGCAUCAUCCAUGCCAUCCAGUUUUCCUGGAGUAUCAGAGCCAGAGCAAGGGUUACUGGCCAGAACGGCUGCACAACACACAUCUGGUGAAGCACUCAGUUUACCAAUAGCUCAGGGCUCUAGCCGUCCUCUGCUGGAUGGAGCUCUGGCCGUCCACUCUUUUUUAGCAGGGCUCGCAAGGGAUCUAUCCAACGAGCUCUUGCCCGCAUUUGAGGCUUUCGGGUGCAAGACUUCGCAGGAUCUGGAUGUGUUGUGUUUGAUGGACCCAAAGGAUGACUGGGGGAUCCUUCGCGACUAUCUCGAGAAACAUCACAAAGUGGAAUUCCUCUGCUGGGUUAUCAUCACAGCCGGUCUCGAGACGCGUAGGGCAUCUCUCCCUGCCCCAUUGCCUGCUGCUGGUGAUGCACAAUCUGGUUCUGCACCAAUGAAUGCCGUCUGUAUGUGGCUGAGCAGGCUGAGACGCCCUCUACUUCGGCGUGCACCCCUUUUCUAUGAGUGUGGACUACGGGAGGCUAGGGACCUUGAUGCAUUGUGUAUGCUGGAGGCACAGUGGGAUCCAGUGGUGAAGGAUGAGAUGUUGCGAAAAGGUCUGAGUCUGCUGGAGUGGCUGGUCAUUAGAGAUGGUUUGAAGUCAAGUGUGUCGAGCAUGCAGUCCAGGUAG